GCAAUCAACCACACUUUACGCCCAUUGCGUUUCCGCCUCUUUUUCAUUUUCCUUCUUGCCCUCUCUCGAAUCAUACCUAUAGGUCUCUACCUGUGUAUAUCGCACCGCGACCACCACCCCUAACACGACGACGAUCGCCGCCGCCGUUCCUACCGUCGAGACUCCUUCUCUCCCACGACUCCUCCUCCCCUAGAAAUCGACAAUGCUCGGCACGCUCGUUGGCCUCGCCAUGCUCGUGGCCGCCUCCGUCGUCUUUCUCUACUACUCCAUCUGGACUUUGGCCAUGCCCUUCGUCGAUUCCGACCAUCCCCUGCACGCAUUCUUCCCUCCGCGCGUUUGGGCGAUCCGCAUCCCCGUCAUUCUCGUCCUCCUCGGCUCCGCUGUCGUCGGCUCCUUCCUUAGCGUCGUCAUGAUCCGCAGCAACCGCAGGAAGGCCGCCAAGGCCAAGGCCGCCUCCUCCUCCUCCUCCGUUGCCGGCAAGAAGAAGGCCUAAUGAGAGGCCGUUUUCUAUCAUUGUUAUGUUACCGGGUGUCGAUGCGCGCGCGCGCACGUGUAUGUGUGCGUCCGCGGGGAGAGACUAGAGGGGCAGGUUCGCUGUACUAUAGGGCAACUCCUUGACGGUUGUUGCCCAGGACCAAGGGAGAAAAAAGAUUAUGCUCGACUUCCUAUAUAUAUGCCACCAGGCUCACAUCGUAUCCCC